GUUGACAACCAUUUUGAAGUAUCAUCGUAUAUAUCGUCUGAUUGUUGUCGUUACUUUCAUAUUUUAGUAUCUAGUGUAAAUAACAAUGGGUUUAGCUACUGUAAUAGAAAAUGAAGCGCAUUUUCAAUCUGAAAUGGCUAAUGCGGGUACAAAGCUGGUUGUUGUAGAUUUCACAGCGACUUGGUGUCCACCGUGUCAACGAAUUGCGCCAUUUUUCGAACAGCUUCCAGCUAAAUUUCCCCGAGCAGUCUUCCUGAAAGUAGACGUAGACAGGUGCGCUGAAACAGCGAGUGCACAGGGUAUCAGUGCUAUGCCUACCUUCAUAUUUUACAGAAACCGAACACGGAUUGAUAGACUACAAGGUGCGGAUGUUGCAAGCUUAGAGAAUAAAGUGAGACAGUACUAUGGCACCGAAGACACUGGAGAUGAUGACAAUGCUGUCGCCGGACAUAUGGACUUGGGAACAUUCAUCGUGAAAAAUGAAUGUGAAUGUCUGAAUGAAGCCGAUGACCACCCCCUAGCACAAUGUCUAACCAGUGGGGGAGGAUACCUGGCUAGUGACUGUGAUGAACAACUUAUCAUUAACAUCUCAUUUAAUCAGGUGGUGAAACUUCAUUCACUGAAAAUAAAAGGUCCCAGUGACAAAGGCCCCAAGUUUGUGAAAAUCUUUAUCAAUCAGCCAAGGACGCUUGAUUUUGAUCAAGCAGCUGGAAAUGCAUCAAUACAAGAUUUGGAAAUAACUCCAAGUGAUUUAGAAGGAAAUCCGAUUCCUGUAAAAUUCGUGAAAUUCCAGAGUGUUCAAAACAUUCAAUUAUUUAUAAAAGAUAACCAGUCAGGCGGGGAAGUAACUCAGAUUGAUCAUCUCGCUUUCUAUGGAUCACCCAUAUCUACAACUAACAUGGGCGAAUUUAAACGUGUUGCGGGGAAAAAGGGAGAAAGUCACUAGCCCAGACUUUUGCAGUGUUGUCGUUAGUUUAUUUCCUUGAAGCAAAACAUGCAUUUUAUUUAAUUUAAAUUAAUAAAAAAUAUUUAGAAAAAUAUUAUUACUAAUCUAUUAAUUUUUUGCUUUAGAAUUUUACUCUUAUUAUGGCUUCAGAAGGAAAAAAACUAAGAUAACAUAUUGCAAGUAAAUGUGAAAGACUACUUCAAGUGUGGUAGUUAUAUUUAAGGCUAAGUGGACAAAUAAUAAUGUGUUUAGAUUUAAAAAUAUUCUUGGUAAUAUAAUUAUUGUUCGUACUGUGUCAAAUAUAUAGCAGCCCUAAUAUAUUGUCAUAUAUUUAUCUGGUAGUUGUGGUACAUUCUAAUUAUAAUUAUGGUUACACUCAAUUCGAUGAACUCUGAAAUACAACAAUUUGUAUAUUCAAUAAAUAAAACAUAUAAUGUCUUAA